CCGAGAACAAAUAAGGCCCAUUUUGAGAAUCUGAAUAGAUAAAGGAGGCAAUCGCUCUCUGCAAAGAAGCAAAGCUUACAUCUGCCACCUCUGUUUAACGUCGUUCGUCACUAUAUGGUUUCUUAUUCACUUGUUGGGUUUCUGGUUUCGUCUUGAAUUUACGAAAGAUUCUUAAUAUCUAGCAUUUCGUAUUAUGCCUCAAACCCCUUUGUAGUUGUUAGAAGCUUUGUUAGAUUGUGAAGCUAUAAUGUCAUUUGUAGUCACCUCUUCCUCCAUUGCCACCUCCUCGUACUUUAACCGCCAUAGCGUUUCUAAAUUAAAAUCCUGUGAGAAUACUACGAAACAUUCAUGUGUUCCGUUUGUUCAUUGCAAAAGCUCAUUUUGCAUUACAGAAAAUAUCCCUACAACUUCGACAAGAAACCCAAAUGGCAUUUUGAGGUCUACUGUAAUGAGCUGCACAAAGCCUGAUUAUCAGUCUUUUGCUGGAGAAGACGCGGUUUUUCUUGACUUGGGGGAUAAUGAAGACACAGAGUCGCCCUGGGAAGGGGCAGUAAUUUACAAGAGAAACGCUUCGAUAUCACAUGUUGAGUAUUGCACAACGUUGGAGAGGCUUGGAUUGGAGAACCUUUCAACAGAGGUCUCGAAAUCUAGGGCUUCAGUUAUGGGAUUACGGGUCACCAAAGCUGUGAAGGAUUAUCCACAGGGCACACCGGUUCAGAUCUCCAUUGACAUAACUAGGAAGAAGCAAAAGCUGAGGCUUGAUGGGAUCAUUAAAACUGUUAUCACGCUGACUUGCAGCAGGUGUGGAGAGCCAGCGGCGGAGUGCAUUUUCUCCAACUUCGCCCUUCUCCUAACUGAUGAACCCAUUGAAGAACCUGAUAUCAUCAAUCUGGGAGUGAUGUAUGGGGACAAUUCCAAAACUUAUACCGAAUUUGCUGACCAAGAGGAGGAAGAUGAUGAAGCCGCAAUUGACUUCGAGGAUCAGCUGUAUUUUCGCCCCGAUGAAAAAGAAAUAGACAUUUCAAAGCACAUAAGAGACGCCGUGCAUCUGGAGAUUACAAUCGCGGCAGUAUGUGAUCCGAGUUGCAAGGGUUUGUGUCUCGGUUGUGGUAGGAAUUUGAACACUAGCAGUUGUACUUGCAGUAAAAAGGAUGUAAAGAAGGGUCUUGGACCUCUUGGAAACUUAAAGAAGCAAAUGCAGCAAAAAUGACACAUAUAUAUUGAUCUGUGAAAAUGCAGCUAAAUGUUUUUAGUUCAAGCA